CGCUGGAAAGUGAACGAUAUGGAGCUUCGACUUCCGAUGAGUAGUUAGAGGUUUGGUUGCGGUUUGCCUCGAUGUUCAUGCUUGCUUUGUCUCAUCGAGUUUUUGGUGUCAUUCUCGGCUUCUGUCUCUAGUUUCGUUUGCUUCCCUGGAGGAAAUACAGUUCUAUCUGGAUGGCUCCUUAUUGGAAUUGAGAGUGUUCCUCUUAAUUGAGCAAGGUUGUGAGAUCGAGGGCGCCUAUAUCUGAGGCGGUGCGUUAGCCAGGAGGCCAAACACGUGCCCUUGCGCCGCUUUGAACCUGGCCUCCACAAUCGUCCUGAGUUUGAGGGCAGAACCUUGUGAGAUUUCGCACCCCGAAUAUGUCUCGACCUUCCUCCUCCACCGUGCCAUCGAGAAUCUUGCGGAUCACUGCUCCCGACACUGAAAACAACAGGGAAUCUUCCUCUACGCCUGCACAUCAUGCUACUCAUGGACUUGCUCGUUUCCGCAACCCCUGGCUUUCAUAUACAAAUCCUGUCACUCCAAAGUCCCUUGUUAAGGCAGCUUGGCAGUUUAGCCCUCCAGUAAUCCCCGAUAACAUCGCGACUCUUAUUCCUGUGCAUAAACCUCUUUGGGGGGCUGAUCCCGCCGACAAAUCAAAGCUUAAAGCAACAUGGCUGGGACAUGCGUCAUUUAUGUUGGAGUUGCCAACUCCCCCUGGCGCUAGUCGUGGGGCUCGUAUACUCUUCGACCCUGUGUUUAGCGAUCGUUGUUUCAUGGUGCAGUUUGCGGGCCCAAAGCGCUACACAAUCAAUGGCUUAUUAGAGGCACCCUGUCAAGUUGAGGAUCUCCCAGAAUUCGACUUGGUACUGAUAUCCCAUAAUCAUUAUGACCACAUGGACACAAAUACGUUAACCAAAAUCGCCCGACGUCAGUCUGUGUAUGUCCUCAGCACACUGGGGAAUGAGUAUUAUUGGACCACCCUAGCAUUUGCCAAGGGAACCGUCCAGUGCCUUGACUGGUGGCAGGAUCGCAUAGUUGAUAUUGCACUUCCCGCCGAGGACGACCCCGACAAAGCAGUCGAAACACAAUUUAUGGUGACAUGUGUCCCUGCUCAACAUCAAGCGAAUCGCGGCAUCCUGGAUCGGAAUCAGUCACUAUGGGCUGGCUUUGUCGUUACCUCUGUUGCAGAAAAGAGGCAUCCCAUGGAGAAGGACUUCAAAGUGUACUUCACUGGCGAUACUGGAUACCGCUAUGUCCCUGACGGAGCCGAAGAGGACGAUCGAAACGUAUGUCCUGCAUUCAAAGAAAUAGGAGAGAAAUUCGGUGGCUUCGAUCUCGCUUUCUUGCCGAUCGGUGCUUAUCUGCCGCGCGAGUUCAUGUCAUCGAUCCAUUGUGCGCCUCAGGAUGCAGCGCUAAUUUAUAGGGAUGUCAAGGCGAAGCGAGCGAUAGGAAUGCAUUGGGGCACCUGGGUGCUCACUAGUGAACCGGUAAUGGAACCACCUCAGAAGCUGAGGGAAGCUUGCCAGAAGUUGGGGAUACCGGAUGGCCACUUUGUUGUCUCGGAUCUCGGUGAGACGAAAACUUUCGAUUGUUGACAUGUUCGUUCAGUGUACUAUAUUGCGAGUCUAUGCUUUAAUCAAACUCUUGAGUAUAAUUUUGGCAAAGGUUCA